AUGUACAAGUUGGGACGGGUCUACAUUUACCGCGAACAGGUCUACGUUUACCGCGAACAGGUCUACCUUUACCGCGAACAGGUCUACGUUAACCGCGAACAGGUCUACGUUAACCGCGAACAGGUAUACCUUUACCGCGAACAGGUCUACCUUUACCGCGAACAGGUCUACCUUUACCGCGAACAGGUCUACGUUAACCGCGAACAGGUCUACGUUAACCGCGAACAGGUCUACCUUUACCGCGAACAGGUCUACGUUAACCGCGAACAGGUCUACCUUUACCGCGAACAGGUCUACCUUUACCGCGAACGGGUCUACCUUUACCGUCUACCUUUACCGCGAACAGGUCUACCUUUACCGCGAACGGGUCUACCUUUACCGCGAACAGGUCUACGCUUACCGCGAACAGGUCUACCUUUACCGCGAACGGGACGGGUUUAUGUUUACUUCAAACGGGUCUACGUUUACCGCGGACGGGUUUAUGUUUACUUCAAACGGGUCUACGUUUACCGCGGACGGGUUUAUGUUUACUUCAAACUGGUCUACAAUUACCGUGGACGGGUUUAUGUUUACUUCAAACGGGUCUACGUUUACCGUGGACGGGUCUACGUUUACCGUGAACGGGUUUAUGUUUACUUCAAACAGGUCUACGUUUACCGUGAACGGGUUUAUGUUUACUUCAAACAGGUCUACGUUUACCGUGAACGGGUUUAUGUUUACUUCAAACGGGUCUACGUUUACCGUGGACGGGUCUACAUUUACCGUGAACGGGUUUAUGUUUACUUCAAACAGGUCUACGUUUACCGUGAACGGGUUUAUGUUUACUUCAAACAGGUCUACGUUUACCGUGAACGGGUUUAUGUUUACUUCAAACGGGUCUACGUUUACCGUGGACGGGUCUACAUUUACCGUGAACGGGUUUAUGUUUACUUCAGACAGGUCUACGUUUACCGUGAACGGGUUUAUGUUUACUUCAAACAGGUCUACGUUUACCGUGAACGGGUUUAUGUUUACUUCAAACAGGUCUACGUUUACCGUGAACGGGUUUAUGUUUACUUCAAACAGGUCUACGUUUACCGUGAACGGGUUUAUGUUUACUUCAAACGGGUCUACGUUUACCGUGGACGGGUCUACAUUUACCGUGAACGGGUUUAUGUUUACUUCAAACAGGUCUACGUUUACCGUGAACGGGUUUAUGUUUACUUCAAACAGGUCUACGUUUACCGUGAACGGGUUUAUGUUUACUUCAAACAGGUCUACGUUUACCGUGGACGGGUUUAUGUUUACUUCAAACGUGGCUACGUUUACCGUGGACGGGUUUAUGUUUACUUCAAACGGGUCUACGUUUACCGUGGACGGGUUUAUGUUUUCUUCAAACGGGUCUACGUUUACCGUGGACGGGUUUAUGUUUACUUCAAACGGGUCUACGUUUACCGUGGACGGGUUUAUGUUUACUUCAAACGGGUCUACGUUUACCGUGAACGGGUUUAUGUUUACUUCAAACAGGUCUACGUUUACCGUGAACGGGUUUAUGUUUACUUCAAACAGGUCUACGUUUACCGUGGACGGGCUCUGUGUCCUGCUGGUGACAUUAAAGAUUGCAUAGCUCCUGAAGAUGAUCACAAGGCCCUGUGUUGCUAUGAAGAAGCUGUGAAACGGAGCAGAACAGUUACACUGAUCAUUGACACUGAACAGGAACUCUGA